AUGAAAGGCAUCCGAGCCUACGAAGUCGGCGCGCCCGAUGUGCUGAAAUACGAAGAUAUUCCCGAACCCACGGCGGCGGCUGGGCAGGCCAUCAUUGACAUCCGCAACAUUGGCGUCAACUACACCGACGUGUCCAGCCGCAAAGGAACCAACCCGCCGGCCGCUUUCCCCUGGACCCCCGGGCGGGAAGCAUCCGGCGUAGUGGUGUCCGUCGGCCCCGGCGUAACCGAAGUCGCCGUGGGCGAUCGCGUCGCCUACGCCAUGCACACUGGCUCCUAUGCCGAACAGCAGGCCGUCCCAUCCUGGCUGUUGGUGAAGAUUCCCGACAAUAUGGAUUUUCCCACCGGCGCGGCCACCCUGUUGCAGGCCAUGACCGCCCAUUUCCUGGUGCACGACAUCAUGCCGCUGCAUUCGGGCGACCGGGCGCUGGUGCACGCCGGGGCGGGCGGCAUGGGUCUGCUGGUCAUCCAGAUGCUCAAACGCCUGGGGGUGCACGUCUACACCACCGUGUCCACUGGCGAGAAAGCUGAAAUGGCGCGCGGCGCGGGAGCAGAUGACGUCAUUCUCUACACUCAGCAGGACUUUGAAGCUGAGGUUCGCCGGCUUACCGACGGUAAAGGGGUCAAGAUUAUCUUCGACGCGGUGGGACAAACCACGUUUGAAAAGGGCCUGCGCGUUCUGGACCAACGCGGCUGCAUGUGCCUCUACGGACAGGCCAGUGGGCCGGUCGGGUUGGUCGAUUCAGGAGCGUUGCGGAACGGCUCGCUGUAUCUCACUCGGCCGUCGUUGGGCGACUACACGGCCACUCGACCCGAGCUCCUGCGCCGGGCUGAAGAAUGUCUGGCGUGGGUGCAGUCCGGCGAAAUCAAACUGAAUGUUACCCUGAACCUCCCUCUGUCUGACGCUGCCGAAGCGCACCGCCGUCUGGAAGGUCGCGAAACGACCGGCAAGGUUCUGCUGACACCGUAA